AUGAGAUUGGCACUGUUGGUGAAGAACAAGAUAGGCUUCAUAGAUGGAACCUGUUUGAAGAGUAUGUACAAGGAUGAAUUAGCAGUUCAAUGGGAAAGAUGCAAUGCAGUGGUUCUUUCAUGGAUUAGCAGCACAGUAGCAAACAAUUUGUUAACAACAAUAGUAUAUGCAUCAAAUGCAAAACGAGUUUGGGAAGAUUUCAAGGAGAGGUUUAAUAAAUCUAAUCUUACUAGGAUCUAUCAACUCUGGACAAAAGUAGCCACAUUAAAGCAAGGUACGGAUUCUGUAACAGAGUAUUACUCUAAAUUGAGGGAUUUAUGGGAUCAGUAUGAUGUAUUGGUGCCCUCACCAUCAUGUAAAUGUGAUGAUGCUAAGCCUUACAUUGAGCAUUUACAUCAACAAAGGCUGAUAAUGUUCUUGAUGGGAUUAAAUGAGACUUUCAGUCAUGUGAGGAGAUCAAUCCUAUAUAAUCAGAAGUUGAUGCUUCUUUAG